AUGGAGACGGGGAGUUUUGUGGAACGCUCCGAAAAAAGGAAGUGUAUUUGUAAAGCUAACAUUGAACGGAUGGAAAAGGAUUACGCCAGUCAGAGGGAUAUGAGCAAGCAGCUCGUGAACAACCCCGAAGCGGUGGCUCCCGGACCCAACGAAGGUGCGGGAGUUGUAAGAGCCAGCCCCGAAAAUGAGCCGCAAAAUGCCCCUCCGCAAACCCCCGCAGCCACGGCCAGGCUCCCCCGCUCCCUCUCCAACGACAGCAAAACUCUCCCCUCCGAAGAAACGAAACCAAACGACCUCGAGAGGACCAAAGUCGGGAUCUGCAAGCUCAGCAGCACCCCGGCGCAAASCAACUCCACCCUCCGGAGGGAAUCUGUGGAAACCUUUCCCUGCAAGCCUGGCCCCGGGGCAGGGAUCGCCGGGCAAGCUGCUAUCCCUCACUGCAAAAUUCCCGCUUUGCACAGCACGGACGGGGACGCUUCUCUGAGCCUCGGGAAGAGCACGCUGGAGCAAAACAACGCCUGGGUGACCUUGAGCCAGAGCACCGUGGUGCUGGGCACCGAUGGCAACACUUCUGUUCUUCCCGGCAGARUCGAGGGGGAAGACGAUGUGGGGGAUGAAAAUAAAGCCCGAGGGAACUGGUCUAGCAAGCUGGAUUUCAUCCUCUCCAUGGUGGGUUAUGCAGUGGGGCUGGGCAAUGUCUGGAGGUUCCCGUACCUGGCCUUUAAGAAUGGGGGAGAUUCCUGCAUUAUUGGAGACCAUCCAAAAAUACAGAUCAAGAACUCUACUUUCUGUAUGAGUGCCUAUCCAAACCUAACCAUGGUUAACUUCACCAGGGAAGGAAACAAAACRUUUGUCAGCGGGAGUGAAGAAUAUUUCAAGUACUUUGUGUUGAAGAUUUCAGCAGGGAUUGAAUAUCCUGGUGAGAUUAGAUGGCCCUUGGCACURUCUCUUUUCCUAGCUUGGGUGAUUGUUUAUGCCUCCCUUGCUAAAGGAAUCAAGUCAUCAGGAAAAGUAUGGAAGGAUGCUGCCACUCAGAUUUUCUUCUCCUUAUCUGCAGCAUGGGGAGGUCUAAUUACUCUCUCUUCAUACAACAAAUUCCACAAUAACUGCUACAGGGACACGCUGAUUGUCACCUGCACCAACAGUGCCACCAGCAUCUUCGCCGGCUUUGUCAUCUUCUCUGUCAUCGGCUUCAUGGCAAACGAGCUCAAAGUGAACAUCGAGGCUGUGGCUGACCAAGGUCCUGGCAUUGCUUUCGUGGUUUACCCAGAAGCUUUAACCAGGCUUCCCCUCUCUCCCUUCUGGGCUAUAAUAUUCUUUUUGAUGCUUCUGACCCUCGGACUAGACACGAUGUUCGCCACCAUCGAGACCAUCGUCACCUCCGUGUCAGACGAGUUCCCCAAGUACCUGAGGACACACAAGGCACUCUUCACUCUGGGCUGCUGCGUGGCCUUCUUCAUCAUGGGCUUCUCUUUCUGUCCCCAGGGUGGGAUGUACAUGUUACAGCUUGUGGACACCUAUGCAGCCUCUUACUCYCUGGUCAUUAUUGCCAUCUUCGAGCUGGUUGGAGUUUCCUACAUCUAUGGAUUGCAAAGGUUUUGUGAAGAUAUAGAAAUGAUGAUCGGAUUCCAGCCGAGUAAAUUCUGGAGAGUCUGCUGGGCGUUUGUGACCCCAACUAUUUUAACAUUCAUCCUCUGCUUCAGUUUUUACCAGUGGGAGCCCAUGACUUACGGCGCCUACCACUACCCAGGCUGGUCCAUGGUGCUCGGGUGGCUGAUGCUGGCCUGCUCAGUCAUCUGGAUCCCCGUCAUGUUUGUGAUCAAAAUGCACCUAGCCCCGGGCAAAUUCAUUGAGAGGCUCAAGCUGGUGUGCUCCCCGCAGCCCGACUGGGGUCCCUUCCUGGCCAAGCACCGCGGUGAACGCUACAGGAACAUGAUGGACCCRCUGGGAACCUCCUCCCUGGGCCUCAAACUGCCAGUGAAGGACAUGGAGCUGGGGACCCAGUGCUAA